UUGGCCAAUCUCUCUCAUUACAUAAGUCAUAUAGCCGUCGUCGUCGUCGUCUCUGUCUUCUCUUCUUUCAAGAAACAAAAGAGACAGACAGAGAAAAAAAGUUUUAAAAAAAGAAGAAGUGCGCUCUUUGAUUACUACUCUCCUCUGAGCCAGCUCUCGCCGUUUAUACCUCCAACCCAGAUUGUCACUUUCCAUUUUGAAGUAUUGUUUGGACUUGACAGCUUUGAGAAUCAAACAGAGCUCAAAACGGGUGCACUCUGUUGUAUUGUGGCCUCAAGGCCACUUGUUACUGCAACAAAAUCAUCACCACCCCGAAUAGGAAGGGAAGAUGAUGCCCUGCAAUGGCGGACAAAUUUCAGCUUCUCACCUGCUGGAUAUACUAGAGAUGGUUUGGAACAGGAUUUGACCGAUGAGGGUCACGACGGUUAUGCAUUGUCCUCGAGCAGCAGCAGUAGACAAAGAAAAAGUUUGGAAUUCAGAUUUCAGCAAUCCCCAAGAUGGGCUUCAAUAUCAUCUGCUUCUGGUGGGAAUGAACAGCAACCCUGCAUUGUUAACAAUGGUGUACCGCCAAGACCAGCUAGCUCAGAUCCUCAAUUCUUGAAUGAGGAGAAUGGUUCUGAUAGAGAUGGUACAGCCAUCUCAACGAGUUUUAGGUCUUUGCUGUCUCUCCCAGAGUCAUCUGCCCCAUGGGAGACUCCAAGCAAGCAGCCAUACAACCUUACUCACUGCUCUUACUCUCAAGUCUUCUGCAACCCGGUUUCAGAUUUCGAGAAUCCUGAACCUGAUAAUACGCAACAAGACUCAUCCACAAAUCCCGACUCCAGUCUUCUUAUGUUGUCCGCGAGAAACCAUCAAGGCUCACCAGUAGAUGAAGCAUCACCAAACUCAAAUAGCAAUGACAUGUUGCUGGAUGUAGAAAGAUCCAAUGAAACAGAAGUCGAAAACCCAAAUUUCGAACCAGAAUCACCAACACACCAGAGAUGCGGGGUUUGCAAGAAGCUUUUAUCUCAGAAAUCUCCAUGGUGCUCAAACAAGAUACUGAGAUCCAGAGACAUGCCAGCCGCUGGCGUUUUCCCCUGCCACCACAUUUACCAUGUCGAAUGUCUAGACAAAGUAACGCCAACAGCUCAAACCCGAGACCCACUAUGUCCUGUUUGCUCAAACACCAUUGGAACAAUGGAGCAGCCACUGAUAGCCCCUGAAACAUUGCAAAUGGCUCUGAGAUCUCUCAGAAGAAGCCACACAGCAGCUGUAAGGCCAGAGACAGCAAGUAACACUAGCAAUAGCAACAAUCAAAGAAGACACAGUAGGAGAAGAAGCCACAAAUGGGAAAAACUCAGCUGCUGUUUAAAUAUAAGCUUCUCAUCUUCUUCCUAGACUCCAACCAACAUGGACCGGUUCUAUUAGGUUCUCCUAUAACUCUUACUUGCAUCUAAUCGUUAUGUUAACCAUUCAGUAAGCUAUUACAACCCAAGAAAACAGAAUCUUCAAACAUCUUCACUCUAUCAAGUAUGUUUCGAACACUAUUAAACAGAAGCAAUAGGCAUUUUUCGUAUUAAUCUGUAGACCAACUUAAAUCCUACUCUGUAUUGCACUGCAGGCUAUAAACGAAUUUGAUAUUUUCUUCAGCUUAGUAAGAACAAAACCAUGGAACAAAAACAAAACUUUCUUUUCACAAGUAUAAUUGUCGCGAAUCUGGAUUUCUCAAACAAGAAAAAAACAAAAAAGAAGAUACCAGAAUCAACAGACUCGUAUCGUCGAUGACAGGGGACAAAAACAAACCAAAACUCAGAAAACAAAUCAAAAAAAACAAUUUCGAAAACAAAUAUGUAUUGUUGUUGGGGGGGCGGGGGGUGUUAAAGCUCGCAAUAGCCAUCACAGCGGCGAGUAAAUCGAACGCUCAGGCAGCAAGCAGUCUUCA